GUUGAAAAUGAUAUGUCAAUGACGUCUACUUGCUUGCUUUUGCUUGACGUUUUGCAGCGGGAAUGUAGAAAGAAAUCUCGUUUGUUGAUUAAAAAGUGAUUGUAAGUGUGCGAUACGCGGCCUUAUAAAUAAAAAUCUGCUAUUACAAUGCCGCCGAGUAGCUUGCGAGUGGUCUACGCGUUCGCCAGGGAAAUGCAUCCGAAAACGACCGACGUCUUUAUCGAGUAUGGCACGGCCGGAUUCCGCACAAAAGCCAGCCUGCUAGAGCAUGUGGUGUACCGCAUGGGUUUGCUCGCGGUCAUCCGCUCAAGGGUCAAAAAUGGUCGCACAAUAGGCAUGAUGAUCACAGCCUCCCACAAUCUGGAGCCUGACAAUGGAGUCAAACUCAUCGACCCUGAGGGUGAAAUGCUGGAACAGAGCUGGGAAGAGAUAGCCACGAGGCUCGCCAAUGUUAGUGAUAAUGACUUGGAAGCAACGACAGUGGAGGUGAUCAAACAGGUGAACGCCGAUAUGGGACUUAAGGCCAGCGUUUUCAUCGGCAUGGAUACCAGAUAUACAAGUCCGCGGUUAGCAGCGGCCGCAGUACACGGCGUGAUGGCACUAAAAGGCACCGCUAAAGAAUUUGGUAUUGUCACCACUCCCAUCCUACAUUACUGUGUCCGGUGCAGAAACGACAACACUUACGGCACUCCCACUGAAGAAGGUAGAAAAUACGGACCGUACUCUCUCGUGGGUACUCCAGGUGAGCGAGGUUACUACGAAAAAAUAGUAGGCGCUUUCAAGAACAUACGAGCGAAAUUACCCGUGCACGGUUCUUAUAACACUACUCUAUACGUGGACGGCGCAAACGGUGUUGGUGGGAAGAAACUUAACAUCAUCAAGAAGAGUCUGGACGGGGAAUUGGACCUGGUGCUGUAUAAUUUGGGGGGGAAUGGGGGGAAGUUGAAUUUGAAUUGCGGCGCCGACUUCGUGAAAGUAUCGCAGCAGCCCCCCGUCGGAGUUGAGCACGUGCCGUUCCAACGCGUUGCAUCAUUGGACGGCGACGGCGACCGCCUCGUCUACUACUACCUCGACGACAAUAAUAAAAUGCAUCUCUUGGACGGAGAUAAAAUCGCAACUCUGUUAGCGAGCUACGUGACAGAACUUCUCAAGGCGUGCGAAGCGACCGACUUGAAGCUCGGUCUUGUUCAGACCGCAUACGCCAACGGAGCGUCCACUAAAUACAUUACAGAAGAUCUGAAAGUACCAGUGUCAUGUGUGAAGACAGGUGUAAAGCAUCUCCACCACGCGGCGCAGUCAUAUGACAUCGGAGUGUAUUUCGAGGCCAACGGACACGGCACAGUUCUAUACAGCGAUAAGGCUAAGACUACGAUACGACGCAUCGCUCAAGAAGGGGAACCAGAACAGCGAAAAGCAGCUCAACUACUCCUAAACUUCAUUGACAUGACCAAUGAAACGGUCGGCGACGCCAUUUCUGACCUCUUCCUAGUAGAAACAGUCCUUUGCGCAAGGGGACAGAACGUCAAAGACUGGAUGGAGGCUUAUACGGACCUCCCGUGCCGGCAACUGAAGGUCACAGUGCAAGACCGCAACGCGAUAUCAACAGCGGACGCCGAGCGGCGCUGCACGGCACCCGAAGGGCUCCAGAGCCGGAUCGACGAACUAGUGGCUACCUACAAGAGUGGGAGGUGCUUCGUACGACCUUCUGGUACUGAGGACGUCGUCAGGGUAUAUGCUGAGGCUGAUACACAAGAGAACGCAGACAAAUUAGCGGCACAAGUAUCGCAGGCAGUUUUCGACUUAGCCGGCGGCGUGGGCGAUCGGCCACUCGCUUAAACUGACAAACAUACACUCCAUGCACGGCAGCUUCUACCCCAGGGCACAGAAUAUAUAAUAGUAGUACAGAAGGU